AUGUCCAAUGUCGACGUGUAUGAUGGGGUCUCGCCGGUCUGGGAGAACUUUCUCUGGCGCCAUCAUCAGCAGAAUUGCACACCCAUACAAGUAGGUACCCUGAAAUAACUUUUUUUAAUUAGAAAAAGUAUUGAAUUUUUAAUAUAUAAUUGAAUACAAAGAUCGCAAAGGUAUUCCAAAUUUUCUGAAUAUUUUAUGAUAAUUGUCGACCAAAAUGUACGUCAAAAAUGAUGACAUAAAUCUCAAACUCUGAAUUGUAAUCCUUUCCAAGGAAAAGUGCAAGGAGUUCCGAGAAUGAAUUGACAAUAAUUAAGGAUGGGAAGUUCAACUUGUGGUUCAAAUCUUUGAGGUCUAAUUGCAACUUCAAUUAUGUUAUCCAUAAAAAUAUUUUUUAUCUUUAAUAGGAGAAUUAAAAAACAAGUAAAAAACUUUUUUUUCAAUUUGAGAAUAACAUACAAGUCUUUUCAGGAGAGUAUUCCAGAAAAGGUAGACUCCCUUCCCAUCCAGCUCUUAUUCUCGGUCUUAUAUUUAACAGUAUGGCUAUGCGCAAUCACGGGUAAUUUGUGUGUCAUAUACGUUGUUACACUGAAACAGGUGAGUCUCUUCUCUUUUAUAAUGUUUCAAAAAAACUUGAUACAUGAUGAUGUAUAUUGUAACAAGUUUUCAGGUAUCUCUUUCUGCCGUUCGUUCUGUAUUUAUUUGUUCGUUGGCGGUCAGCGACAUUGUAAUGUCGCUAACAUCGCUCCCCAUCACCGCGGUGUCAAUAUUUACGAGGGAUUGGGUGUUCCCUGGGAUUUGUUGUAAACUGAUGGGGCUCUUUCAGGUGAGUUCUGUUUGAUCAUUCUAGAAGUGGCAAGCUCCUGUUAAAAAAUUGAGUGAUAGUACAGUAAUUUUUCGAUAUAAGACUCUCAUAAUUUUUCUAUUUCUUUAUGAACUUAGUUCUCUGUAAGGAGAUUCCUCUUGGUAUAAAGUUAUAUAUCUCCACCGAAAUCGUUCAUUAUAAAUACAACCGGUUACAGCUGCCGGUGUUAGCUCCACAGAGGAUUCCCUGUAACUUUUAUUUUUCAGGGCGGGAGUGUAUUCGUCUCUAGUUUCACACUCACAGCCAUCGCCGUGGAUCGAUAUAUUCUGAUCAAGCAUCCGGCUUCUUCUGUAAGUUUCUCAAGUCGUUUUUGCAUCUCAAUCUCCCUAUUUCAGAAAGUAAACUUCAACAAAGCCUUGUACAGCGUCAUACUAAUAUGGAUAAUGGGAUAUCUCUUUGCGUUGCCUGUAGGGAUUUUCUCGACCACCGAAUCGUAUUAUCCAUUCUGUGGGUCGUUUUGUGAAGAGACAUGGUAUGUUAACACACAUUUUCUAUAAAUCUAAUGUUGCUUUUUGCAUUUUCAAAAAAUAUUUUUUUUUUGAUGACUAAAGUAAUACUCAUACAUACUUUUUAUCGAAUUUUCCAAAUUUCAGGCCGGAUACAAAUAAUCGAGGGGACUCUCAGAUGCGCAAAACAUACGGUGAGUUAAUUUUGACAGAGAUACUGUGAUUUUUCACAUCUUAAAUUCUAUAAUCCACAAAAAUUUCAGGGUUAGCAGUGUUAAUAAUUCAAUUUGGCCUGCCUUUGGUGAUCUCAUCUCUUUGCUACUACAGUAUUGGGCGAAUUAUUAGUCGGCAAAUCAAGAAACGACAUCAACAACAAAUAUUGCUGCAGGAUAAUCAACAUCGACUCGAAAAUCGAAAACAUCGGUCGAAUCGGUAAGCCUUUACUUACUAAUUCUGCAUAACGUGGUAAGUAAAAUUGGAGAAGUUUAGAGAAAAAUUUUGCUUCUUGGUUUCUAUCGUUCAAAUAAGAUUUCGAAUGGGCAACUUCAAAAACGAGGGGCUUUCAAUUUUUAAUGCAGUUUCUGCAUAACGCGAGUUCCAAAUUAUAUCGGAGUUCAUACAGUAUCAAAAAAAAUCUAAAAUUUUCAAAACUUUUCAAGCGGAAAUGUUCGAAAUUUGAAAAUAAAGACAACAAUCUAAGCAUUGAAUUUCCAGAAUGAUGGUGGCCAUGGUCGGUGGUCUGGUCUUAGCCUGGCUCCCCAUGAACCUCAUCAACUUGAUGCGAGAUUUCGACGCUUCUCCCGACCGUUUCUCCGACUGGUAUUCCCUAGUUUUCGCCGGCUGUCAUGUGGUCGCGAUGACUUCGGCUGUCUGGAAUUUCGUUAUCUACAGCUGGUUCAACCUGCAGUUCAAACAGACCCUGCUUCAGGCCUGUAAUCAGCAUACGAAGCAGAGCGGUUACAAUGUCGUAACGAGGGCCAAGUCCGUGGCCACGGAAGGGCCAGAGUUUUAG